AUUACUUCUGGUGCCGCCUUGCGAAGCUGAAGAUCUUUCCCCUCCUCCCAAAAGUUCCCUGAAGAUAACAAAGGUUACAGCCAUCGACACAAACUUCUCAGACACUUCGCUCCGAGCCUUCAGAGCGUGGGGUUGGCCUCUGCUGUCACCAUGGAUCCUGGCCGGGUGGCAGGGCAGGGCUGUAGAUGACAUGGACACCCCAAAGAAGCUGGGACAGGGAAUCGUGUGCAGUAUCUAGAGCAGAGCUCUGCAAUGGAUACGAGGAUGGCCACGUCCACCUUGCCUGCCUUCAGCCUUGUGUCUGGCAGCGAGGCAGAGGAUGGAGGCAGGGCAGGAGCUGCUCCUGAGUGCCCAAGCUCCCAAGGGAUAUCACUGUCGGGAGGAAAGCCCAGGGCAACGGCAAGCCAGGCCAAUUUUGAGGAAGACAGCCAGAAGGAAGUAGCUGUGGGACACUGGAAGACACUAAUGCCAUCCAAAGGCAGCAAGGAGGAGCCAGAAGCUGGAUGCCAAGAUGCUGGAGGUGUGGAUGAGACCCAGUCCACAGAGCAGCUUGAUGUGUCACGUUUACGCAGCUCCUCAGUGGAGAUCCGUGAAAAGGGGUCUGAAUUCCUGAAGGAAGAGCUGCACAAAGCACAAAAGGAGCUGAAGCUGAAGGACAAAGAAUGUGAGAGGUUGUCAAAAGUCAGAGAACAACUGGAGCAGGAACUAGAGGAGCUAACAGCUAGCUUGUUUGAGGAAGCGCACAAGAUGGUGAGAGAAGCAAACACUAAACAGGCAGCGGCGGAGAAACAGCUGAGGGAGGCGCGGGGGAAGAUUGACAUGCUGCAGGCAGAGGUGACAGCUCUGAAGACCCUGGUGAUCACGUCCACACCUUCCUCUCCCAACUGGGAGCUGCACCCUCAGCUCCAGAGCCCUUCCAAAACUGUCUUCAGGAAGGGCCACGGGCGAAACAAGAGCACCAGCAGUGCAAUGGUCUCAGCUGCCAGCCAGAAUGUGACUCCAGAGCCCGUCAGUCGGGAGUGCAAAGAGUCAGGGUUUCCUGCUCUCCUCUCUCUGCUCCUCUGUAUCCUCCCUGGGAAGGCUGUCCACAUCACCUAUGAGCCAGGCUGGCAGGCCUUGGGGGCAGAUGGCUCCUCAACCUUGCAGCAGGUCGACUCCAUUUUAUUUGCUGAAUUCCAGGCCUGGAAAGAAUCUCCAACUUUGGAUAAAUCCUGCUCCUUCCUAGACAGAAUUUAUCGAGAAGAUGUAGGACCUUGUCUGGACUUCACUAAGCAGGAGCUGUCGGAGCUGGUGCGAGUGGCCGUGGAGCAGAACACACUCACCAUUGAGCCUGUUGCUUCCCAGACACUGCCCGUGGUGGAGGUGUCAGCAGAAGAGUGUGGUGGGCCAAAUGGGUUCCGGUCCCAAAUUAUAACGAAAUGUGCUCUGAGCGGCCUCCCCAGGACCUGCAAGCACCGCAUCAUGCUGGGGGAUUCCGGGAGUUACUACUACAUUUCACCAUCCUGCAGGGCCAGAAUCACAGCAGUGUGCAACUUCUUCACAUACAUUCGCUAUAUCCAGCAGGGCUUGGUGAGGCAGGAUGUGAAGCUGAUGUACUGGGAGGUCAUGCGGCUCCGCAGGGAGAUGUCCUUGGCCAAACUUGGGUUUUAUCCCAGUGAGAUGUGAGCAGAGGCCCGAGCAUGGAAGGAAACUGCUCCUGGAUGAACAGCUUGUCAAGUGUAGUCUGCUGAACAGAUGGAUGCAAUCCCUCUCCUGCAGUGGGCCUCCCUCUGCCUGGAGCUAAUCAAGGAGCAAGAAGCACAAGUUGCAUCUUCAGCUGUCCCACUUCUCCAACUGUGACUAGAAAGCAGCUGCCAAGCUACCACCCCUGUGGAGCUGGGCUGGCCCUGGCUGCUCUGGGGUGGCCAUCUAUAGACCGUCCUCUGUGGAGUUUCCUAUAUGCAGUGUAUAUCCAUUUUUUUAAAAAACCUUUGUUUUUAUAUGCAAUCUGCUUUGGCAUAGUCUGAGGCCAAGUCUGUGCAGGGCAGGAGUCCUGGACCUUCUUUGGAAGCACAUUUUUCAGGACAGAUGCUGGCUGUCUGUCCAUCUGUUGGUGGAGGGUGCUGUGCCCAGGUUCUCCUCACCACUUCCUCCCCCUGUACAUGCCAGCAGCACACAAUGAUCUGAUGGAGAGCCAUGAACAGCCUGAUUCCAAGUACUUCCUUGCUCCUUGUAAAGGAGCCUGCACAAGGAGCUUUCCUGCCAACUGAGUCAACAAAGAGGGAUUUGUUGCUGUUUUUAGCUUGUUAUUUGGCACUGGGGGAGCAGAGGCUGGAGCUGGGCACCUGGGGCCUUCAGCAGAAGAAAAGCAAAAAGGAAAACUGCAGAACUCACAGCUGGCUGCAGCCUACAGGAGGUUUUCUCCUCAUCUAGAGGUUCUGCUGCACUUGUCACAGGCAGAUGUGGACCUUGACUGCCCUGUGUCAGUCCUUGAUGCACAAGUCCAUCGUGGUGCUCUUGGAGACAAACCUCACCCACAAAGAGAUGCUUUUGAGCAGUCCCUCGUUUCAGGGUAACUUUGGGUGGUAGUUCCCACUAUUUAGAUAGAAAUCCUGGUCCCAGGCUGGGUUCUUUGUCUCCAAGAAGAAGCAUGCCUGGGCUGGGAGCAGUUGUGAGGCCUCAAGGAUUCCUCCCAGUGUUGCAUCAGUCCUAGACCUGAAUGUCUGCUGGGAAACCCAGCUUCUCUUGGGAAACCCAGCUUCUCCUGGGCUGCUAUCUCCAGCAAGAAGGUUUGAUACAUCUUUCUGUGCACAUGAAGGGUGGUGGCUGCAGUUCCUGUUUGCCUCAAAUGUGCAGGAAUGGAUGUCCCUAAAGCUUUUGGGAAGCAGAGGGCUGCUGAAGCUUGAGCUCAGGCCCAGGCUUGUCUGAACAGAACUGUUAAAGCCAUGCCAGUGUUUUGUAGCCAAUUUAGCCUUUUUUUCAGUGACUGUGGAGUCAGCUGAGCCACCACUUGCCCUGGAGGUUUCAUCUCACGUGGCAUUUCUGCACUCUUGGCUGGUAUGUCACCCUGUCUGUCU